AUGUGCGGAGGUUUUGGCAGGCGAGGUAAGGUACCAAGCCCGCUCAUUCUUGCUCGACUCACACCGAUCAGCGAGGACCAUCGCGGAACGCCGGAAUCGCCUGGCCGUGUUGUGACCCUCAUCGAACGCCGGUUUUGGGCCACGCUUAAAGAUUCUCAAAUAUCGCCGGACAAUGAGCACGUCUGGGGAGUAGCUUACCAUAUCGUUCCGAGCAAGGUCAAAGAAGUCAGGGAGUAUCUUGACAUUCGGGAGAUAAAUGGAUACAGCAUUCAGUACACGCCGUUUCACCCGGCCAACCCCGAGACAAAAGACCUGCACUGCUUGGUCUACAUUGGGAUGCCUGAUAACCCUCAAUUUCUUGGCGCCCAAGAUCCUCGAGAUGUGGCCGAGACCAUUAAUCGAAGCAUUGGCCCGAGUGGUGAGAAUCGUGAGUAUCUGCUGCAGUUGGACGAGGCCUUGCAAAGUCUGAGUCCGACAAGUCACGAUUACCACAUUAGCGAAUUGGCUAGCCGGGUCCGGGCAAUGGCACCUGCUGUCCGUUCGACCAAACAGCGCCAGCUUUCUGAGAGUCGUCUGCGGCGAAUUAGCAGCACUGAGCAGCAAGAGGAAAUCGAGAAGCCCGAGUAG